AUGUCAAGGCAGGAGUUUCAUAAACUGAGUUGUGCUUCCAUUAUGUCACCUAAAAAACCUGAAAUGGAAAGAAAAAGACGGCAAAGAAUCAACAAUUGCUUGUCUCAAAUUAAACGGCUGAUCCCUGAAGCCAGGGAGCUGGAGGUAGGUGCAGUCUGUGUGUCAGAAUUAGCUGUCACCUUAGUAAAAGACCACGCGGAGUUUUCUUUAAGCGUGCUUCUUAUACAUUGAACCCACUGUUUUAGCUAUCCCUUUAUGUACUUUAAUCUUAAUGUUUGUAUUUUUCGAUCUAUUUUGAACUCUUUCAUUGGCUUAUAGAUCAAGAAAGGCUGCAGACUUGAAAAGGCGGAAAUUUUGGAGAUAACCGUCAAAUUCAUUCAGAAAGUGCAAAACGAGAAGAAAGCCGACAAACAGGGAGGUACGAUUCCAUAGAAAAACUUACAAGUUUUGAUGGCAAAUUUCUCGUAGUAACUAUCACGGUUAUGCUUGUUUUUUGCUUUUUUUUCGAACCCAGACAAUCCUCGAUUCUCAUGCUAUACAACUAUGAGACUCACCGCUAUUUGAGUCGAAGAGGAUGAGCAAAGUCUAAAAAACACGCGCCAAAUUGUAGUAUAAAUGAGCGAGACACUAGCUCGAAAGACAAUUCUGAUAAAUUUCGUAUCAAAACUCUCGAGCAUCACAAUGUAAGGGACAAUGAGUUACCUCUAUCUUUGCUAUUUUAAAUUUUGAUAUAAAAUGCUUGUUUACGACGUAAUGAUAAAGAUAAAGCUAAACCAUGACAACUUCGACCGUGCAGCAAUUUGCCUCGUGCGGUAUGAAUGGAAAUAUAAUUCACUGUACGUUCAACACAGUUUUCGAAAUUACCUGCGUUUAUCAUCAUCAUCAUUUCAUCAUUUUCCCUUAGAAACCACGGUAGGACUUGAAGACACCCCUGCAAUUUUCAACCAAAGUCUAGCACCGACAAGACUGGUAUUUCAGAGCCAAUUUGACAUUCCACGAGAACAAACAGCGUCGCCAUUCUAUGCGACUCCCUCAUAUUCUUUUAACUCAAAUGAAUGUGAAUAUGAUAUCAAAAACAACUCCCGGAACACACUUCAUCGACCAGUGCUUCUACCCACUCCUCGUUAUUUCACCCCUCGCUGUAUUUCGUCUAACAUUGUCUACGAUUCUGUGAGAGAUGGUGGUGACAGUUUUGGUUUUCCAACAAGACAGUCUGCUGUCGGUACAGUCCUGCUCUGA